CCAUGCAAUUCACGUUUACAACUCUUAUAUCUAACGAGUAGUACAUUUUUCUGGCUUUGGAAAAAUGGGAACCUCGGGACACCCGAGGCAUUGGCCUCCAAUGCUCUAUGCAGUGGCAUUUUUGUGCCUCAUAGCCGGUAGUGUGGUUGCUGAUAAGCCUUAUGUUUAUGCCUCUCCUCCGCCACCAAAACAUGCUCGCCAUCUGCCUUACCCUCCUAAACAUCAUCAUCAUAAGUCUCCACCACCUCCUUACAUCUACAAAUCACCUCCACCUCCAUCUCCAUCGCCUCCUCCUCCUUAUGUAUACAAGUCUCCACCACCACCAUCCCCGUCACCACCCCCUCCAUAUGUCUACAAAUCCCCUCCACCUCCAUCUCCAUCUCCUCCUCCUCCUUAUGUGUAUAAGUCUCCACCACCACCAUCUCCUUCACCACCGCCUCCUUAUGUCUACAAGUCUCCUCCUCCACCAUCUCCUUCACCGCCACCUCCUUACGUCUAUAAGUCUCCACCACCACCAUCUCCUUCACCACCCCCACCAUACGUCUACAAAUCCCCACCACCACCAUCUCCUUCACCUCCUCCUCCUUACGUCUAUAAGUCUCCUCCACCACCAUCUCCUUCACCACCCCCGCCAUAUGUCUACAAGUCUCCACCCCCACCAUCUCCUUCACCUCCUCCUCCUUAUGUCUACAAGUCUCCUCCACCACCAUCUCCUUCACCACCCCCACCAUACGUUUACAAGUCUCCACCCCCACCAACUCCAUCACCACCACCUCCCUAUGUCUACAAGUCCCCACCUCCACCAUCUCCUUCACCUCCUCCUCCUUACAUCUAUAAGUCUCCUCCACCACCAUCUCCUUCACCACCCCCACCAUAUGUUUACAAGUCCCCACCCCCACCAUCUCCAUCACCCCCACCUCCCUAUAUGUACAAGUCCCCACCUCCACCAUCUCCUUCACCUCCCCCUCCUUACAUCUAUAAGUCUCCUCCACCACCAUCUCCUUCACCACCCCCACCAUAUGUUUACAAGUCUCCACCCCCACCAUCUCCCUCACCACCACCUCCCUAUAUCUACAAGUCCCCACCUCCACCAUCUCCUUCACCUCCUCCUCCUUACAUCUAUAAGUCUCCUCCACCACCAUCUCCUUCACCUCCCCCACCAUAUGUUUACAAGUCUCCACCCCCACCAUCUUCAUCACCCCCACCUCCCUAUGUCUACAAGUCCCCACCUCCACCAUCUCCCUCACCCCCUCCUCCUUACAUCUAUAAGUCUCCUCCACCACCAUCUCCUUCACCUCCCCCACCAUAUGUUUACAAGUCUCCACCCCCACCAUCUCCAUCACCACCACCUCCCUAUGUCUACAAGUCCCCACCUCCACCAUCUCCCUCACCCCCUCCUCCUUACAUCUAUAAGUCCCCACCUCCACCAUCUCCAUCCCCACCGCCUCCUUAUGUCUACAAAUCUCCUCCACCACCUUCUUCUUCACCUCCUCCUCCUUACAUCUACAAGUCCCCACCUCCACCAUCUCCUUCACCACCUCCUCCUUAUGUCUACAAAUCCCCACCUCCUCCAUCCCCCUCACCACCACCUCCUUACGUCUAUAAGUCUCCACCACCCCCAUCUCCUUCACCACCACCUCCUUAUGUCUAUAAAUCUCCACCUCCACCUUCUCCAUCACCACCUCCUCCCUAUGUCUACAAGUCUCCACCUCCACCAUCUCCAUCACCACCACCUCCCUACAUUUACAAGUCUCCGCCACCCCCAUCUCCAUCACCUCCACCACCUUAUGUCUAUAAAUCACCACCACCACCCUCACCCUCACCACCUCCACCUUAUGUCUACAAGUCACCCCCACCUCCAUCUCCUUCACCACCACCUCCAUCUCCUUCACCACCACCUCCUUAUGUCUACAAGUCUCCACCACCACCGUCUCCAUCACCACCACCUCCCUAUGUCUACAAGUCCCCUCCUCCACCAUCUCCUUCAACUCCUCCUCCUUACGUUUACAAGUCCCCACCUCCACCAUCUCCUUCACCUCCUCCUCCUUAUGUCUAUAAGUCACCACCACCACCUCCACCCCAUAAUCACUACUAAGCUUAAGGCUAGCUGAAUCAGCUUGAAUAACAACUACUUUCCUUAAACUUUUAUCUUUGGUUCUGGACAAGUGCCCUGCAUUAUUACUCCACACAUUAGCAACUGUCUUUCUGAACAAUAAUGGUCUGGCAUGUUAGAUCUAUGAUGGAUUCGUUUACAUAUAAAGCAUUCAUUGUACAAUUCUUGUAUGGGGAUGAAAACCAGUAACUUUCAGUACUGCAUUUGUAUUAAUGUUCCAUGUUUUCUAUAUAUCUUUAUUUACAAUGAAAUUUAAGUUAUUCUC